GCCUUAGUGGUUGGGGUAAAGAAACACUCAGAAAAUGCUGGAGGAACUCAGCAGGCCAGGCAGCAUCUGGGGAAAGGAGUCAACAGCCGACGUUUCGCGCCGAAACCCUCCAUCUUGACUGCUUGGGGAAGGUAACUUUCUGAGUCUUCCCAUCGCAUACUCAGACUCCAGCUUUUCGUGUGUGUGUGGCUCCGGAUUCCAGCGGCUGCGGUCUCUUAUGCCUCUUUUUGCUUUGGAGACGGUGUAGUUGAAUCUUUAAAAAAAUAUACAGACUGCGUGGACGAGCUUGGGCUUCGGGUGCGAGCGUGUCGGUGGCUGAGUGCCCUUCAUGCGGGGAGGGGUUGUGAGACGUUCCCUCCGCUGCCGUCCCGUCCCGCCCAGGAGGGGCGGUCACCGCAAGUAAUAAUGAGUUAAGACAGCGGCGCCGCGGUGGCAGAACGACUGAUGGAAUCGGACCGGUGGAACCUGUCUGCCCGUCGACCGGCCUCUCACCGCCGUGGAGUAUGGCCCAGGGGCGGCCGGGCAGUCACAGCGCAUCGGCCGCUGCCUGCUUGCUGCUCUUACCCGGCGCGGUGCUGCAGGUUCAGGAGAGGGCCUGGAUCCGCUCACUCAUUGAAGACGAGCAGCUGCUGUGGAUCAGGGGUGUCAUUGGCGAAGUCAACACCUUCAGGAUCCCACUCAUCGCGAUCACCCCCUCUAAUAAACUCAUUGCCGUGGCCGAGGCAAGAAAAUAUUCGUCAGCUGACAUUGGUGCCAAGUUCAUUGCCAUCCGCACGUCCACUGAUAAAGUCCACAGAUUCUCUCUGACCAGACGAGCAUGCAGAGCGCUUCUAGUUUCAAGAAAAAUGUGUUUCAAGGUACAGUGCAGUUGACUUAUUUCAACGAUUCCUCUGCAUGUACGACGCGAGGCGCCAGUGGACUAAAAUUCGUAGAGCACACGGAAAGGGAGAUCUUUAAAUUUUCACUGAAGUAUUGCGGUUUCGCGGACUGCUGCAGAUGGCAUGAAUCAAUCAUUCAGUCAAAUAGGAGAUUAUCUGACCUCGCAAAUAUGUUUUAAAUGUAUCCCAUAUAAUCAAUUUCGACACAUUCCCGAAUUAUUAAAAAGGACAAAAUCUUUUAUCUGAAUCUCUAUAAAUUUGACAAAGUCCGAGAUUUGUAAUAAGUUUUCUGGAAAAAUAAAUGGACAGUUUUG